CACCACCUCUCUCUCUCCCUCAUAUAAACUAUCAGCUGCCCGUCCCUUUCAUCUUCGCCAACACAAAAAAUCCCAAAACGACGUCAAAGAUGGUAUCUGGGUUCCGCCGCUCCCUCUCUUUCUCCAGUCCAAACCCGACCCGUCCAUCAUAUGCCGGUCAACCCUUCCACGUCCGGUCAAUCAGCCUCCCCUGUAGAUCCCACCCCUCCAUCUCUCACCUCAGCGCCGAGCUCACCGCUUUCCGCGCCACCUGGGCGGAGCCCCAUUCCCCACGCCAAACCUCGGCUUGUCUCUUCGACGGGUUGACCCGGCUCCGUAACCUCCACCACUCUCUCGCCGACGUCCUCCACCUGCCUCACGCCCGCGAAUCCCUCCGCCGCCGCCCCCUCUUCAUCGAGAACCUUCUAGAAGCUCUCCUCCGCCUCGUCGACGCCUUCGAAACCUUCCAAACACUAAUCCUGGCGGCGAAGCAGGACCAGCUGGCUGCGCAGGUGGCCGUCAGGAAGAGAGACGAUUCGAGGAUAACAUCCUACGUCAGGUCCCACAUGAGACUCGCCAAGGAAAUCGGAAAUCUCGUAUCGGCCGUUCGAUGUGUCGGGCGCUUCGCGGUACCACCGUCCGAUACCGAUACCGAUACGGAAGCCGAAAUUUUUGGUAUUUUGAAGGGAGUUAUAGAAUUAACUGUUGUGAUUUCAGUUGCGGUGUUUAAUGGGAUGAGGGUAUCGGGUGAGUUGCGGAGAUCGUGGUGGGUGGGAUAUCGGAAAUUGUGGAGGAAGAAGGCGGAGGUGGCGGAGGGGAUUGAGGAGUUUGAAGGAGUGGUGGGGGCGGAGGGUUUGGUGUGGGGUUUAAGGAGGAAGAAGGAGAAGAAGGUGGGAGAUGAAGACGAAGAAGAAGAGGUGAAGAGAAGGGUAUUGAUGAAGAGAUUGGGGGAUUUGGAGGAGUGCAUGGGGAGAAUUGAGAGUGGGAGUGAGAGGGUGUUCAGGAGUUUAAUCAACACUAGGGUUUCUCUGCUUAACGUUCUCACGCAGUAGAGCUGUAGCCAGCAAAAAGAAAGGGAGAAAAUGAAAUCAGUAAUCGCAUUUACUCACAAAUUAAACGGGCUUGUGUGUAGAUUCCGUGCGUAGAAGUUGAUUCUCUUUUUCAUUUUUUCUUUUUUGUAAUCUCCGUUCUUUCAUUUCUUACCAGUCUGUGGACACAGGUGGAAUAGAUUGUGUAUUGUACUUACAGAAGUGAAAUUUUUUUGUAAAUUUUUAAAUAAUAUAAGAUUUUUUUUUUGUUAAAAUAAAAUUUGACUUUUUC